AUGUUUCACAAACCACAGGACUUGCUCAAGCGCACACCGGCCGAUGGAAUAAACCGGCCAGAGUUCCUGAAACAGCUCGUUCAGGAGUUCCGAAAAACCAACAGUGCAGACUCUAAGCAUCAAGUAUUAGCCAACCUUGCUAACUUUGCAUACGAUCCUGUCAAUUAUCAGCACAUACGUACUCAGAAGGUAAUCGAUUUGUUCAUAGAACAGUUAACUUCAGACGACAACCAACUGAUAGCUUUUGCAGCCGCUGGUCUCUGUAAUCUAGUCAAUGAUCCUGCCAAUAAAGAUUAUGUUAUUGGAAAUGGCGGUAUCCAAAAUAUAGAAAAAAAUUUGAGUAAAGCUGAUGAUAAUAUAACACUUUCCUGUAUUACAACUCUUAUGUACUUGUAUGCACCAGAAAUAAAAACAGGUAAUUAA